AUGAAGCCCGUUUCUAUUAUCGUUUUUCUACAAGGCAUUUUCACUGCCCAGGGCGUUGUAACCGAAAGACAGUCUGACGGAUGUCUCGCCGCUGCCCCUGGGUUCGCCUCUUUAAACGGUGGAACGACAGGCGGCUCAGGGGGAACAGAGGUGACGGUGACCACUCAAGCCGACCUUGAGGAGUAUGCCAGCGCCUCAGACAAGUACGUGAUCAAAGUCAGUGGUCGCAUCACCAUCAGCCCUCUCGGCAAGGAAAUCAAGGUAGCUAGUGACAAGACUGUCAUCGGGCUGAGCACUUCAGGCGAGCUUUAUCAAGGUGGCCUGGGCUUGAACGGAGCCAAGAAUGUCAUCAUUCGCAACCUCAAGAUCGGCCACACUAGUCUGAACGAUGGCGUGGAGAACGACCGCGACGGCAUCCAAGCCGAUACCGUGAGCAACAUCUGGAUCGAUCACUGUCUUUUUGAAGAUGGCGGCGACGGUCUGCUUGAUCUUCGAAAGGACACCACUUACUUCACCGUCUCCAACAACAUAUUCCGGAACCACGACAAGACCUUUGGCAUUGGCUGGACCGAGAACGUCACGGCCCGUGGAACCAUCAACCACAACUGGUUCGAUGGAACGAACCAAAGAAACCCGAGCGCCGACAACUUAGCACAAGCGCAUCUCUUCAAUAAUUACCUGUAUGGUGUCACCUCAUACGGCCACUUUAUCCGUGGUAGCACGAAUGGACGUGUCGAGAAUGUCUUUUUCGAAAACACCAAGAACCCAUUGACCAAAGACUCGGGCGCCGUGCUCAAUGCUUCUAACAACACUUACAAGAGCUGCACCGGCACCACGGCUACAAAUUCGGGAGUCUCCUUUGACCCAAAAAGUCUAUAUUCAUACACUCUCACAGCAACAGCGGACGUCCCUGCAUACGUGAGAGCCAAUGCUGGCCCGAGGGCUUCCGUUUGCUCUUAA